GCAGAUCCCACAUUAGCUGAAAUGGGGAAAAACCUGAAGGAGGCAAUGAAGAUGCUGGAGGGUGGUCAGAGAAGAAUAGAGGAGGAAAAAGAAAAGAAGCUUUUAUCAGAGGAUAUUCCAGGGCCACUCCAGGGCAGUGGACAAGAUAUGGUGAGCAUCCUGCAGCUGGUCCAGAAUCUGAUGCAUGGAGACGACGAUGAGGAGCCUCAGAGCCCCCGAAUCCAGAAUAUUGGCGAACAAGGUCACAUGGCUUUGUUGGGACAUAGUCUGGGAGCUUAUAUUUCAACUCUGGACAAAGAGAGACUUAGAAAGCUUACAACUAGGAUACUUUCAGACACUACCUUAUGGCUGUGCAGAAUUUUCAGGUAUGACAAUGGCUGUGCUUAUUUCCAUGAAGAAGAAAGGGAAGGACUUGCCAAGAUCUGUAGGCUUGCCAUUCAUUCUCGAUAUGAAGACUUUGUAGUAGAUGGAUUCAAUGUAUUAUAUAACAAAAAGCCUGUUGUAUAUCUUAGUGCUGCUGCUAGACCUGGCCUGGGCCAGUACCUUUGUAAUCAGGAUGUUGCCUUCCUGGAGAAACUGAUUAAAGAUGAUAUAGAACGAGGAAGACUGCCCUUGUUACUUGUUGCGAAUGCUGGAACUGCAGCAGUCGGGCACACAGACAAGAUUGGGCGUUUGAGAGAGCUCUGUGAGCAGUAUGGCGUGUGGCUUCAUGUGGAGGGUGUGAAUCUGGCAACAUUGGCUCUCGGUUAUGUGUCCUCAUCGGUGCUGGCUGCGACUAAAUGUGACAGCAUGACACUGACCCCCGGCCCGUGGCUGGGUCUGCCCGCGGUUCCUGCAGUGACGCUGUACAAACACGACGACCCGGCCCUGACAUUAGUUGCUGGUCUUACAUCAAAUAAGCCAGCAGACAAGCUGCGUGCCUUGCCUCUGUGGUUGUCUUUACAAUACUUGGGACUCGAUGGCAUUGUGGAGAAGAUAAAGCAUGCCUGUCAACUCAGUCAACGGUUGCAGGAAAGUUUGAAGAAAGUGAACCACAUCAAAGUGUUGGUGGAAGAUGAGCUCAGUUCUCCAGUGGUGGUGUUCAGAUUUUGCCGGGAAUUGCCACACUCCUCAGAUCCAGAGUGUAAAUCGGUCCCAAUGCCCAACAUGGCGCCCUCCACAGUCGGCUGGGAGAGACAUUCCUGUGAUGCUCUGAAUCGCUGGCUGGGAGAACAGGUGAAACAGCUGGUGCCUGCAAGCGGCCUCACAGUCCUGGAUCUGGAGGUCGAGGGCACGUGUGUGCGGUUCAGCCCUCUGAUGACAGCAGCAGUGUUAGGAACAAAAGGAGAGGAUGUGGAUCAGCUUGUAGCCUGCGUCCAAAGCAAACUGCCUGUCCUGACCUGUACGCUGCAGCUGCGAGAAGAAUUCAAGCAGGAAGUAGAAGGGACUGCAGGUCUCCUCUAUGUUGAUGACCCGAACUGGCCUGGAAUAGGGGUUGUCAGGUAUGAACAUGCAAAUGAUGAUAAGAGCAGUUUGAAAUCUGACCCAGAGGGAGAAAAAAUCCACGCUGGACUCCUGAAAAAGUUAAAUGAACUGGAAUCUGACCUUACAUUUAGAAUGGGCCCUGAGUACAAGAGUAUGAAGAGCUGCAUUUACGUUGGCAUGGCCAGCGACGACAUAGAUGUAUCUGAACUGGUGGAGACAAUUGCAGUCACAGCUCGGGAAAUUGAGGAAAACUCAAGGCUUCUGGAAAACAUGACAGAAGUCGUCCGGAGGGGAAUUCAGGAAGCCCAGGUUCAGCUGCAGAAAGCAAAUGAGGAACGACUUCUGGAGGAGGGAGUACUGCGGCAGAUCCCUGUAGUAGGGUCCGUGCUGAAUUGGUUUUCUCCAGUACAAGCUUCACAAAAGGGAAGAACAUUUAACUUAACAGCAGGCUCUCUCGAGUCCACAGAACACACGUAUGUCUACAAAGUACAAGGUACAGGAGUGACGCCGCCUCCAACGCCCUCAGGCACUCGCACCAGACAGAGACUGCCAGGUCAGAAGCCUUUUAAGAGGUCCCUGAGAGGUUCAGAUGCCAUGAGUGAGACCAGCUCGGUGAGUCACAUCGAAGACUUGGAAAAGGUGGAAGACAUGUCCAGUGGGCCUGAGCAGAGCACUCUAGAGGCCCACAGCCCUGACCAGCCUCCGGGGGCACCAGCCCCUCAGGCCGGCCAGACUGGAGCCCUCCAGAACAGUGCCCAGCGUCUGGAAGAUGAGUGCCCGCAGGUGCAGGAGCCGGAGAGCUUAAGAUAAAAUCCAGUAUUGGACUGAGACUGUACUGACUGUUUUCAGGGAAGACGUUACACUGAAAGUGAACGGUGCCACAUGUUCAUCCAGUAGAAAGGACCUGUGCUGGCUGGGAUUUUUGCACAAAUAUAUGCCUGAAAGCCAGGCUUCCCAGGAGGGCAAUCAAUUAUUUUAUGUGUACACAGAACAACGUACUAUUGUUUCUGGCCUGCCCAAAGGUAGCAAAACGACUUUCCCACUUUUAUUCCUAAAGAACACUCACAAUUUCAGGUGUUUGCCACUUGGAACACUUGCUCUUGUCUUUCUGAACAUAAGCUUACGUGAUUAGAUUGCACAUGGAGACUUUAUUAGGUCUCUUCCGGGUUCUGUGCUGUGAUUCCACAGAGGCGAGACAGCAGUGACCUUCAUCUGGUGGUCACCACAGGGCUUCAAGAGCCCUCUCCUGCACCCCACCUACUGCUUUUCCUGGAGACUUAAGGACUGUGUCCACGUGAGCCGUGGCAGGGCUUCUGUCUGGGGCUGUCCUUUGCCACAAAUCUUUUCUCCCUUUCUACGCUCUUUGUAAACAAACUUAAGGACUUGUCUAACUAGGAAUAACUGUUGAGUCUCUUCCUGACCAUAUAUAUGUGUGUGUGUGUGUGUGUGUGUCUAUUUUUAAAUAUUGGUAAAGCUUUUAAAUCAGCGUAAAGGUGCAGACUGCUUGUUUCUGUCCCGAAGAGCCUGAUGCUGACGUGCUGUGCAGUACUACACGGGUUGGAAUGCUCAAGUAAGUUCGCCCUUGACUGUCUCCUUCCAGAGGUUUGUAGCUUCUCUUCCACUCACAGCUCACCCUGGCUCCAGCUCAGAAGUGAGAGCCAGAAAAGUGUCCCUUCCAGGCUGAAAUGACUGCAAGUCAGUCCCCAAAUUCCUACCAGUUUCUGUUUUCCCAAAGUACUACGUCGUCCUCUUUGUUCUAAGGUUGGGCCCCUGUGCCUUUUCAGUCCUGCAAAGUCGAGUGAUGGGAAAGUUAAGACAGUGGGGAAUUCACACUGGGUCUGUGGACUAGCGUGGGAAGCCUUAGUUAUACCACAUUAAGCCUAUAGUUACACUGAUUUGAUGUGAUUUUUGCCAUUUGGCACUUGUCAAAAUAAUUUCCCUUAUUUUUUGGUGCAGAUUAAACAGUCUUCCCUGUUUAUUUGGUGCAAUGAAGUAUAGCAGAUAACAUGGGACAGGGGUAAAUUAUCACCUUUAACAAGAUUAAUUUUUAAAUGUUUUUAUAUAUAUAUUUGGAAUUGUUAAAUCAGUUUUGCUGAAACAGAACUUCACCCUUGAGAUACUGUUUGAAUGUUGGUUUCAAUAAAGGUUCUUGAAAUUGUUACC